CUUCCUCUAGCUUAACAAGUGGCUGGCUAAACAAACCCAGACGGGCUCGUUUGAGGCUGCCGCGGUACCCAGCCUGAUUUCUGGCUCUAGUUCCCGUUCGGGGCUCGGAGCGCAGACGUUUCCGGUCCGGUCCGGUCCGGUCCGACGGUGAAGGACAGGUGAGUCGCCGCGGCCGCUCUUCCGCAGGUCUGGGAGUCCCGGGAAUCCAUUAAUCUGUUUAGCCUCGCUGUAAGCGGCUCUCACACACGCACAUCCAUCAGCAUAAUAAAUACUGUUGUUAGGCUGAAUGAGGACUUGGGGAUGGAGCGCCUGCAGGGCCCCGUUCUGGGUCAGAACCAGACCUGUUCGGUAACCGGCGGAUGGACCGUGCUCAUUCUCCCGGGGAUCGGAGGCUUUAUCCCGACUCUUAAGAGGAAAGAAAGCCACCGGGGUCAGGCAUCACGUUCGCCGAACUAACGGAGCGAACCGGGCCUCCUCUCGCAAUGGCACGGUGAGGAUGCGUUCACGGACCGCCGGAACAGGGAGAACUGCUGACCCGGAUCGUCUCUAGAGCUCCUGGUGGGUUUCUGUCCGCGCAGAUGGAUCUUCUGACUGGCUAGAAGGACCUGGAUCUCACAGACCAGGUGAUCUAAGCAUUCCCACACCUGGGAGGAUUCACUCAGGCUGAUUUGGACACUACGAUGGUGGGCGGUACCGGGCCCGGCACAGUGGGCCUCAGGACUACUCAGGUGUAGCAGAUAUUUGGAGUACCCUGUGGCGCUCCAUCAGCACCAUGGACUACCACACCGAGUGUUGCUUCUGUGAUGCUGAGGACGGAGGUCCAGAUGACCCGCCUCUGCACAGCAUCCAUGCACCCAACCGGGUCCGACCAUCGUCCUACCGGGCCCUGAGGAGUGCUGUGUCCAGUCUGGCCCGCAUCGAUGACUUCUUCUGUGAGAAAAUUGGUUCUGGCUUCUUCUCUGAGGUCUUUAAGGUGCAGCACCAGAUCACAGGACAAGUGAUGGCUCUGAAAAUGAACACGCUCGCCAGCAACAAAGCUAACAUGCUCCGAGAAGUGCAGCUGAUGAACAGACUCAGUCACCCCAACAUCCUCCGGUUUCUUGGGGUCUGCGUGCAUGAAGGGCAGCUCCACGCUCUGACUGAGUACAUUAACGGAGGGAACCUGGAGCAGCUGCUGGACAGCGACCUGUACCUGUCCUGGUGCGUGAGGAUCGGCCUGUCUCUGGACAUCGCCCGAGGCCUUCAGUACCUGCACAGCAAGGGCAUAUUCCACAGAGACCUCACCUCCAAGAACUGUCUGGUACGCUGUGAAAAUGGCCUGUUCACUGCAGUGGUGGGAGACUUCGGCCUGGCUGAGAAGAUCCCUGAUUACAGUGAUGAUGCUGAGAAAAAGGCUUUAGCCAUCGUGGGCUCUCCAUACUGGAUGGCCCCUGAAGUUCUCCGAGGAGAGCUGUAUAACGAGAAGGUGGAUGUGUUUGCAUUUGGCAUCAUCUUGUGUGAGAUCAUCGCCCGGAUUGAAGCAGAUCCCGACGUCCUGCCGAGGACAGAGGACUUUGGCCUGGACGUGGAUGCGUUUGAGAACAUGAUCGGGGACUGUCCUCCUGCGUUCUUCAGCCUGGCGGUGACCUGCUGUGGUAUGAGCGCAGAGCACCGCCCCUCGUUCUCUGGCGUUGUCUCCACCCUGGAGGCCCUGGGGAAAGAAGGAGACGGAGAGGUGCUCAUUAGUCUUGAACCGGUGGCGGUGGACGUGAGCCCAUAUCGGCGCCGCAGCUCUCCCUGUGGAGGCCUGGCAAGGAGCCAGUCAGACAUGUUGCCUCCUGCGUCUCUGACUUCCCCGCUCCUCGGGACACCUCCUCCGCGGGUCAACCCUUUUUCCCUCAGACAGGACCUGAAUGGAGGACGGUGCAAGCUCCUGGACACUCCCAGCAAGUCUGUCAUCUCCCUGACCUUCACCUUGCCUGCACUCCGUGAUCCCUGCGUCUCCCCCCACCUGCUCAGGGGAACCCCGAGUAUUCGAGCUCCACCACGGAGAUGCCAGUCACUCCCCUGCACCCCAGAGAUCGGCCGGACUGCAGCAUUUCCAAGAGUUGGGAAGGAGCAGAGUUCCGAUGAGAAUGUCCACAUAUCAAAUAGGAAGGAUGAGAGGGGCAUGGGGACCUCGUGGGUGUCAGAGAGGGGGGAGGAAACAUUCCUUGAACAGCAUCCAAAUGUUACAGAACAAGCAGCUUCCCUGAAGAAUGAGGAGGAGGAGGAGGAGGAUUCAAGCAUUCCUUUAGAGCUGGAGAUGGUGUCUCUAGGCCGGCUGGAUGAGGAGGCGGAGUGGGAGGAGAGUUUGUGUCUUACUGAACCCAUGGACUGUACCAAGUCUCCAGAACCCACAAAGAGAACCCUGAACUCCACACCUCUAAAACCACUGGCCACCUCCACCUCUUGCUCCUCCCUACGUAUGAAGAGUUGGAGGUUUCCCAUCUCAAACGGACCUCCCUCUUUCCCGCCGCUGCCACGGUUGGACAAUAACAACAGCUCAGCCCUUGUGAUUGGCCAGCAGGUGCAACUGGGCGGAGGGCGGAGCUCUAACGGCUUCACCGGAGUCCAGCUCCCAUUCUCUGACCCCCCUACUUCCUCUGAACAGGAUGAGGUCAUUUCCUGUCCUGGCUGUUGUCUGGUGGGGUUGAGAUUCCCCUCAGUGUGCCUCCGUGGCUCUGCUGCUAUUCCCGCCUCCCAGCGCAGGGCUUCUUUACCGCGGCAACGGUCAUACCGGAACCUGAACAGUACCAUAACGGCGGGCAGUAUCUCCUCGUCAGCAGCCAAAAGACUCCUGAGUCACAGCACCAAUGGACUCAUGGUUUCAGGCUCACCUGUGCGUUGUGAGCCGGGCCAGUCUUUACCUGAGGCCCAGACCUAAACCUCCAUAUUCCACCUGAGGCAAGCAUCAGCACCUAACCCGAAGAGCACCGAGCAUUGCCGUGGUGAUGCUGAACACCACCAACAUCUGUUUGAAAGGUGCUGAACCUGUCACUCCAGUGUAAACAAGGUGGUGCAGCGCCACCAUGUGGGCCGGAGGGUAAACCCGACUUCUCAUCGAACAAGAUUCAAGCAGGAGUUCUAGAUGGUUCCUGUUCAGAGAACAGAGGCGGGCCCUGAGCUGUGUGCAGCGCCUCCUGGUAGUGUGGUCAGACUCGGUGUAGCCUCAGUGUCACUAGGUCUGUUGGGUCCCCGCUGAUGGAGGUUCUGCUGAGGAGCAGCCGAGACGAGAGCAGCAGGUCCAGAACCAACCGCUGCAACAGGAAUAUUUAUAUAAACACGACUUUGUACAUUUUAUAGACGCGUGUGUGUGUGUGUGUGUGUGUGUGUGUGUGUGUGUGUGUGUGUGUGUGUGUGUGUGUGUGUGUGUGUGUGUGUGUGUGUGUGUGUGUGUGUGUGUGUGUGUGUGUGUGUGUGUGUGUGUGUGUGUGUGUGUGUGUGUGUGUGUGUGAGAGAGAGAAAUAGAAACAAUGCGCGGCUUGUUUUAUUUUGCUGUGGAACAUCUUCAGAUGUGCUGAUAAUAAACAGUUUGGUGUGAA